AUGCUUGUCCAUCGGCACGUCCAUCGCGUGGUCCACAGCUGCGCCAAAGCGACCACCAAAGGCCCCAGAUCCGCCAUCGCACGGCUCUCUUUGAUCUCACGAAAUCUUGCAACGAUGCCGCCAAUUUUCGACAAACCCACCAUUGAGAAGUACGACCUCGUUCUGAUUGGAGGCGGUAGUGGAGGGUCUGGAUGCUCUAGAAGAGCUGCCUCGUACGGCAAGAAAGUCGCGGUGGUCGAAAUGAGCGGUAUUCUCGGCGGCACUUGCGUCAAUGUUGGAUGUGUUCCCAAGAAGAUAAUGUGGCAUGCUGCAGACCUACAGGAAAAAUUCGACAACCACGCAAAAGGCUAUCAUCUUAAAGGCGAAGGCAGCGUUCCCAGAUUUGACUGGGCAACAUUCAAGCCCCAGCGGGACGCCUACAUCCGACGACUGAACGGUAUCUACGCGAGCAAUUUCGAGAAGGAGGGUGUCGAGCACCACCAUGGUUAUGGUCGUCUCACCUCCGCUAAAUCGGUUGAAGUAACGCGGCCAGAUGGCCAGAAGUAUACGCUCAACACAGACAACAUCUGUAUCGCCACUGGCGGCCAUCCGACGAUUCCUUCUGACGAAGAAAUUCCCGGGGCUUCUCUCGGAAUAGACAGUGACGGCUUCUUCGCCCUCGAAAACCAACCUAAACGCGUUGCUGUCGUCGGAGCCGGCUAUAUCGCGGUCGAGCUUGCUGGUGUUUUCAAUGGGCUUGGCUCAGAAACGCACAUUAUAAUUCGUGGAGAAACCGUUCUGCGGACGUUUGACCCAGCCCUCCAACAAACUCUUACCCCAUGGAUGGAGCAUACCGGCGUCAAUGUCCACAAAUCUAGCAAGGUUGUUCGUGUGACGGGCGAGAAGGGCAAGACCCUCACUGUCACCACCGACAAAGGCGAAAGCAUCGAGGUCGACGCGUUGGUGUGGGCCAUUGGGCGCAAGGCUUUGACUGCUGAUAUGGGGCUGGAAGAGAUUGGCGUCAAGCUCGACUCCAAAGGCGAUAUCAUCGUCGACGAGUUCCAAAACACCAAUGUUCCAGGCAUAACCGCCAUUGGCGAUGUUCAAGGGAAAGCACUCUUGACGCCUGUGGCGAUUGCUGCUGGACGACGACUGUCCAACCGACUAUUCGGUCCUCCUGAGUUCAAGAACGAUAAACUAAGCUACGACAACAUCCCCACCGUCGUGUUCUCCCACCCAACCAUCGGCACUGUUGGACUCACCGAGCCACAAGCGCGCGAGAAAUACGGGGACUCGGUAAAGAUUUACAAGACCUCGUUCCGCUCGCUGUACUUCUCUAUGAUUGAGGAAGAGCACAAGGAGCCGUCAAUGUUCAAGCUCAUUUGUGUCGGGCCGGAGGAGCGGGUUGUUGGAAUCCACAUCAUCGGAGCGGGCAGCGACGAGAUGAUGCAAGGAUUUGCUGUUGCGGUCAAGAUGAAUGCUCGUAAGCAAGAUCUGGAUGACACUGUGGCUAUUCAUCCCACGUCGGCUGAGGAACUAGUGACUCUUCGUUGA